GGUUGGUCUUGAACUCCUGGCUUCAAGCCAUUCUCCUGCCUUGCCUUCCCAAAGUGCUGGAAUCACAGGCACAAGCCACUGCGCCCGGCCAGUACUGGAGAAUGUAUGGAGAUGAUCUCGCCUAUGCCUUGAGCUCCAGUCUAGUUUACGGUCAGAGAAUACCUAUAGUUUCAGUUUUUCCUAUUUUGUUCUCGAGUCUGUUUCCUCAGAAUUGACUUUGCUGUACGCCGCUUUUAAAUUUGCAUUGUAAAAUUUACUUUGGCUCCCCCCGCCUGUAAAAAUGAAAGUCUGUAGAACUAAGCUAAGCAGAUGGUCUUCCUCCAAAAAGUUGGGCUGAACUUUAGUUUUGGAGCCGGUUCACAGAAAAAAAGCAAAAUCGGUUAUCCUGACUUUACCUCAAGUUCCAAAAUAAACUGCUUUCUUUCUCUGGGAAACUUCCCACGCCACACACACGAUGUGUGUCCAGUCAUUUCGAUGCCUCUCGCUCCCUAGACGGAGUUCCUCUCAUUCUUCACAGCUCGCAGCAGCUGCUGCUAGUUUCUCGGCUCCAACACCACGGGUGCUGCACGCUGAAGUUUACAAAGCACUCUGCAGCACCCACUGACUGUGCCCUUCACAGUCCUGUCGCAGGCUGGUGACCUCAAGCAGGUGGCGGUGCAGCCUUUCAAGUCCAGUGCGGCCAGGAGCGAUGCCCGCAGCCGGCCUGGAAGCGCAGCGCGGUCGGUCGCGCGCACCCUCGGCGUGGAGGCCUCGGCUCCGCCCAGCAGUGCACGAGCAUAGCCCAGCCAAGCCGUACACACCGGAUGCCACUUCAUAUUUGGGCCCAGAGCUCAAUUCGCGCCGAUGCGGUCCGCCGUCCUUAAAUCUCUUCAGCCAGGAUCUCUCCCCGACUGCAAAGCAACCCUGGGCGGGAGCGGCAACCUCUCACCGUCAGUCUUUUAGAGCAGCCGAUCCUCAGAGGGGCGGGACACGCUAACGCGCGCUGUCCUGCUUUACGGCACGGGUGCGCGCGUUUGCGGCAGCAAGUUUUGGCGGGAAAAGCGCUGUAUUUGGAUUCCUGCAGUGGUGGGCAAAGGACAGCUCGGUGACGAAGAGCGGCCGGUAGGGUAGGAAAAGAUUCUAAAGAGGGAGUUCGGGGUCUAGAUUAGUGAGACGGGCAAGCCGAGGUGCUCCGUGGAGUCAUGGCAGUGCCCUUUGUAGAAGACUGGGACUUGGUGCAAACCCUGGGAGAAGGUGCUUAUGGAGAAGUUCAACUUGCUGUGAAUAGAAUAACUGAAGAAGCAGUCGCAGUGAAGAUUGUAGAUAUGAAGCGUGCCGUAGACUGUCCGGAAAAUAUUAAGAAAGAGAUCUGUAUCAAUAAAAUGCUAAAUCACGAAAAUGUUGUAAAAUUCUAUGGUCACCGGAGAGAAGGCAAUAUCCAGUACUUGUUUCUGGAGUACUGUAGUGGAGGAGAGCUUUUUGACAGAAUAGAGCCAGACAUAGGCAUGCCUGAACAAGAUGCUCAGAGGUUCUUCCAUCAACUCAUGGCAGGGGUGGUUUAUCUGCAUGGUAUUGGAAUAACUCACAGGGAUAUUAAACCAGAAAAUCUUCUAUUGGAUGAAAGGGAUAACCUCAAAAUCUCAGACUUUGGCCUGGCAACAGUGUUUCGGUAUAAUAAUCGUGAGCGUUUGUUGAACAAGAUGUGUGGUACUUUACCAUAUGUUGCUCCAGAACUUCUGAAGAGAAGAGAAUUUCAUGCAGAACCAGUUGAUGUUUGGUCCUGUGGAAUAGUACUUACUGCAAUGCUCGCUGGAGAAUUGCCAUGGGACCAACCCAGUGACAGCUGUCAGGAAUAUUCUGACUGGAAAGAAAAAAAAACAUACCUCAACCCUUGGAAAAAACUCGAUUCUGCUCCUCUAGCUCUGCUGCAUAAAAUCCUAGUUGAGAAUCCAUCAGCAAGAAUUACCAUUCCAGACAUCAAAAAAGAUAGAUGGUAUAACAAACUCCUCAAGAAAGGGGCAAAAAGGCCCCGAGUCACUUCAGGUGGUAUGUCAGAGUCUCCCAGUGGCUUCUCUAAGCACAUUCAAUCCAAUUUGGACUUCUCUCCAGUAAACAGUGCUUCUAGUGAAGAAAAUGUGAAGUACUCCAGUUCUCAGCCAGAACCACGCACAGGUCUUUCCUUAUGGGAUACCAGUCCCUCGUACAUUGAUAAAUUGGUACAAGGGAUCAGCUUUUCCCAGCCCACAUGUCCUGAUCAUAUGCUUCUGAAUAGUCAGUUACUUGGCACCCCAGGAUCUUCACAGAACCCCUGGCAGCGGUUGGUCAAAAGAAUGACACGAUUCUUUACCAAAUUGGAUGCAGACAAAUCUUAUCAAUGCCUGAAAGAGACUUGUGAGAAGUUGGGAUAUCAGUGGAAGAAGAGUUGUAUGAAUCAGGUUACUGUAUCAACAACUGAUAGGAGAAACAAUAAACUCAUUUUCAAAGUGAAUUUGUUAGAAAUGGAUGAUAAGAUACUGGUUGACUUCCGGCUUUCUAAGGGUGAUGGAUUGGAAUUCAAGAGACACUUCCUGAAGAUUAAAGGGAAGCUGAUAGAUAUUGUGAGCAGCCAGAAGGUUUGGCUUCCUGCCACAUGAUCUGACAUUGGCUCUGGGGAAUCCUGGUGAAUAUAGUGCUGCUAUAUUGACAUUAUUCUUCCUAGAGAAGAUUAACCUAUUCUGCAAACUGCAAACAAUAGUUCCUAAAGUAUUCACUUCCCUCUUUAUCCAAACAUAUUCCAAUUCAUUUUGUUUAUUCUGCAUACAAAUAAUACCUAUAUCUUAAUUGUAAGGAAAACUUUGGGGAAAGGAUGAUUAGAAUUCAUUAGAUUAUUUCUUCAUGUGUAUUUAGUAUCUGAAUUUGAAAUUCAUCUAGUGGAAGCCAAGUUUCAGAGGACAUGAGUUUUCCAGCUUUUAUAUACACAUUUCCCAUUUUUAUCAAAACAUUUUGUUUAAUCCAAAAAGUAUAUAUUUCUCCCAUGUUGACUUAAUUAUAAGAUGAACCAAUAAAGAUAUAAGCCUUGUGA